AAUCUUAAAAACUUCUAAAGAGUCAAACUAAGUACUACGAUUUCAAAGCAUGGGAGGAAAAGGCGGUAGUGGUGGAGGAGGGAAAGGUGGUGGUGGUGGUGGCAGUGGAGGAAGGAGCGGCGGCGGUGGAGGAGGAGGAGGAGGGAAAGGCGGUGGCGGUGGAGGAGGAGGGAAAGGCAGUGGUGGUGGUGGUGGAGGAGGUGGCUACAUGGUUGCGCCAGGGAGCAAUGGAUCUUCUUACAUUUCAAGAGACAACUUUGAGAGUGACCCUAAAGGUUACUUUGAUAAUCUGCAUGGUAGUGGACAGGGUAACAAGUGAUUUUGGUCUGUAUUCCAUGUCUAUGCAGUGAAUGUGGUUACUAUUACCAAAUCUAAUGAAUGAAUAAAUGAGUUUUUGCUUUA